UCCUCAACCUCAAUCAAAACGUGCAUUCUAGCAUUCUCUCGAUCCGCGUUCUCUCUUACAUAAAACCCACGACCCCCCACGCCGAAGAAAGCACGGAAAAUCAUAUUCUCUGCCAAAAGCCGCCGAAGACAGCAAGAGCAAACCGACUCCUCGCGACUUCUUCAUUCCUUGGUUCUUCCGUAGCAGGUGAGCUGCCAGAAGGGGUGCCGGCGUUCCUUCCUUCCUUCCCCGGAGAUGUGCCUGGUGUUCGUGUGCGACGAGGACGAGCGGGUGGUGGCGCGGCAGGUGGCGCCGGGGGCGUGCCCGUACUGCGGCGGGGCGGUGCAGGCGGUGGACGUGGAGAGCCAGUGGCGGUUCUGCUUCCUCCCGCUCUGCUUCCGCACCAAGCGCAAGUUCUACUGCUCCCUCUGCGCCCGACGGCUCGUGACCCAGUACUAGCCUUCCUUCCGCCGUCGAUUCUUCCCCUUCUCUGGAGCCUCUUCUUGUUAGUUGCUGGACUUGUGCACAGGAUUUCUUCUUAGGUUGUGAAUUCUUGAAAUUAGAGAUGAAGUAUAGGGUUAUAUGGCUGGAUUCGUUAGGGCUUUUUUUUUGCUUUUUUCGGUGGUGAUGGAACUGAAAUGAUGGAAAGCGUGCCUGUGAAAACGCGUUGUACACUGAAUCGAUCAGAUGGGUUGUUCAAUUUUGCUCUUUAACUUUUAAUUCUGUCCAAUUUUGACUUUUAACCCCUUUUUAAGCAAGGGAAUUGAACCGA